ACAAACUCGUAUUUUAUAUCCUCGACGCAAAAAAAACAAACAGUAUACGUGAAUAUUCGUAAAGCACACAGUUAGCAGUCAGCUAGCUAGUAGCUAAUAGCUAAUGCUAGCUAUUUCCAGUCACUGCUGUAACGGUCGCUUAGCAUCGCUGUGAUAUCUGAUAGCAGUAGCCGGUUUGUUCAACACCAUCAUACGCUGUCAUCGAUAUUACGAGCUCGAUUCGUGUAAAAGUAAACUGGCUGUUGAUGGUGAAUAAGACACUUGAAGAGGGCACGACAAGGAUGUCUGGAGAUCUCUUUUCAUCUAUUGGAUCAUCAGUUGUAUCAGCUAACUUCAAGAAAAGGAAGUCACGCUUUACGUUUUCUGAGGUUCAGCUUCUGCUGACUGAGGUGAAGAGAAAUCGCCACAUACUGUUGGGUAAAUUCAAUCAGAGAGUCUCCAGUGAUGUUAAGAAGCGAACAUGGGCUGCUCUCGCAGCUCGCAUCAACGAGAUCAGUGAGUGUCACAGAGAGGUCAUUGAGAUUGUGAAGAAGUGGUCUGAUCUCAAGUGUGACACCAAACGCAAGGUGGCAGCCAUGAGAGCCUCCGGGGUCUCUGCCGCCCGGAUUACUGACGACCUUUCUCCUGUAGAGAGAAUAGUGGUCCAGAUUCUCCAAUCUGGACCAGGGGAGAAGUUCCCACUGUCAGACAGUGUUGCAGAUGAGGAUGAGGACAGCCAAGGUGUCUCGGCGAUACCACUGCCCGUUCCAGGUACAGCAAAUGGCAGGCUGUCCGUCAAGCCACAGGGUAUGCCACACCACUCUGGGAUGAGCAGCAAAGGCAAUACAGAUCUGCUACUGGAUAUACCUUGCAAUUAUGAUUCUGCAGUGCCUUGUGCUGACUUUGAACCAUCAGACACAGAAGGCCACAGCCUAGGAGUCAGUAAAGCAGAAUAUCAGUCUGAUCCAAACAAGAUACUUCCUGAACCACCCAACCCUAAAAAAAACAUGAUCAAAAUUGAAACACAGACGAAGGCAUCAAGCAAUAGUACAGAUCAAACAGGAAGCGCUUCCCGUGCGUCCGUGAACUGUCCUGCAUCACAUGGCCCUGGCAGUCUACAGGAGCAUCUCGCCAAGAACGCCUCUCUCAGCUUAGAAGAGCAACAGACCACAACUGUGCUGAUAGGAACAUUGUCACGUUCACUGGAGUCGGUGGCUGAGUCGGUGCAGCGGUUAGUGCAGACACAGCAGGAGUAUGCACGGGACACACUACGUCUGCAGAGAGAUACACUGCAUGUGCUACGUGACUUUACCUCCAGUGCACUGACACUGAUGCAGGACAAAUCUAAAGGCCACCCAUAGCACCUGCAGCUCACCUAAACGUAGUCUACACUAGUGAUGGGCAUUUUGAAUAGAUGUGUUGUCAUGUUUAAAAUGUUAUUUUAUCUUUAACAUUUUUCCAACACUUUUCAUUUAGUGUGAUGGUAUUUGCUUCACUAAAUAUCAUGCAUUUUUAUAAUAAACCUUCUUUCUAUUCCCAAAAACCACAGCUAACUGACUCAAUUCAAACACACUUGGACAACAAUUGAGUCGGAAUUGUAAACUAUGCCAUGUUGGUGUAGCACUACUAUGCUUUAUAUUGCAAAAAAAAACUUGCAAAUAUUAUUGCAUUCUGUUUAGUGAUUAAUACCAAAAUGCAACUGAUUUGGUAUUAUUUAUUUACCCACAGUAAUGCUUUCUUGUCACUGAUAUUUUACAUGUUUUAUAUAGCCUGAGGUUUAUGUAAAACUGGGCAUAUCUGGGUGCAAGGAGCAUCUUCAGGACCAAAAUUUAGUAAAACUCAAUUAAAACACAUUAAACAUUAAAACACUUUAAUUUUCCAGAGAUUAUUAACCCACCAUGAUGUGGCAGAUGGUUGGUAUGCUAAAUGUAACCAACUUUAACACAAUAACAAAAAAUGUGAAUAAAAAUGUCUAUCAUACAUUUUUCAGUACAUUGUGCUCAGUUUUUGCUACUGUAGUAGUCACCAUAUUAAUAACAGUUUCUAAAUGUGGUUGUUUUAUCAAUGUCUAUAUGUGAUGGUGCUCUAUUAUGCUUGUAAAAAAAUUACCUGUGGAGAAAACGUGCUCUGCUAAUACUGAUGUGGAAGUCACAUAUGAAUAUUGACAGGUUAAGUGUGUUUUGCUGUAUUUGUAAAAUCUGACAAAGUUUGGACAUUCACUUUUUUCAGAAAGAUUAAAGCAAUGCCUGGUUUUGUUUUAUCACUAGAGCAGCAGGCUGACAAACAUGUAGUUAUGCCUGCCUCAUACAGAUCCUGUUGAAUAUGACAGCACUUUUUUUUUGACCUGUUGCACUGGUGAUGAACCCAAGCAUGGCAGUGCUUUAGUCUUAAUUUUGUACCUUUAAUUUUGCAUCAGGAAAAAGAAAAGCAAUUCAUUUUUCCCCAUUUAGUUAUUUAACUGGUCACACAAUGAGUACUUGAUUAGUGCCCAUCACUAGUCUAAACACUUCAGAUUUAAGCUAGAGGAUGUUUUCUGGAGAACAGGGAGGGAUUGUUGAACUAAUGAACAGUACACUUAUAUGCCUCAGGAGUAUAUAUUAAAAUCCACUACAGUGUUCAGCUACCUCCCUCCCAGUGGUCAUAGCGAUCACAGGACUCAAACCUGCACUAAUUCUGCUUACUGUGUGCAGAAGCCUUUUCAAACAAACUCUCCCACAUUUCCAAAAAAAUAGUGACAGAGUCAUAUGUGAAGAAACUGGUGGAACAACUGGAAAGUAGUAUUAGUUUAGCAAACUGUUUUUCAGAUUAGAUCUAUCUCUUUGUUGACUGGACCAGUGAUAAAACAUGCUUAUUAGAAAUGAAGCUUUGAUGAAGCUUUGUUUAAUGAUGCAAUGUAUGUAAACUAAUUAAAAAAAAAUAAUCUGUAAUAGUUUUAAAUUAUGUGAACUUAAAGCAAGUCUAUUUAUCUGUAAUGCUCCGUUUUGUUUCUCACCCAAAUGUUAAAAUUCAGAUCUGAAUUAUUAGACCUUGUGUGGAGCACAUUUUUAGUACAUUUUAGACAAAAAUGUUUUUUCUUUUUUUUUCCUCUUUCUAGUUACCAGUGCCAUAUGAUAUUUAAUUCUGAAAGUGCUCAAUAAGGAUACCUUUUAUACAGAUUCCACUGAUUUCUUGCUGGUUGCUCUUCCAAUAGUAUAAACACUGUUAAAUGUAUUCUGUAAAAACUACUGUGAAGAUUGGAAUAAAGCAGAAUAAUCA